AUGAAGGCAAGGCUGGACCGAGUCUGGUCCAAAAAGCUGGACUCCGAUCAGCAGGAGUCGCUCGCGGACGUAGUCCGGGAGUGGCAACGAGCAGCAGAAGCGGUGGUCUCGGCAAAAGAGCUUGUCGACGAACAUUUCGCGGCGGACGUCAACACGCCAAAUUUGGAGGACCAACAUGAUGCGCUUCAGGCGUGGCAGCAAGCUGUUGAAGAUGUUUUGCCUACUCUACAGAUCUUGAAGGACCACAUGUCGGCUUUGGACAAAAGGCACGACAUUCGAAAUUCAGGCUGCAAUGGACAUAUUGACAUGUGGAUGAAAGACUUCAACGCGCAGCUCCAGAACAUCAAAGCAACCGUUAACGCAAUGGCAGAGCCGGACCACGCAGUUCUUGCGAAGCGGAAAGAGGCGAAGAGAAUCGCUCAGGGAAAUCUCGGGCUGGGUUGGGUGGGACCGUGGGCAGUGGGCAAAGGCAGCUUUGGAGCGGCGACACUGCAUGUCAAGCAGAAUGCAUACGGACGCAUCAUCGACCGACUUGUGAUGAAGGAUACUAUCUUUCAAGGGCGCACUGCCGAUCAUUGGAACCGCAAGGAGCUCUGGACUGGUAAUGACGGGGGACCGGAGGACUUGAACAGCAUCCCCAUCGAAAUCCAAGCAAUGAAAGAUUUGCGGAACAAAACCGGAUCAGGAAGUGUUGUGGAACUGCGCAACUGGAAGUUGAGCCGUAAAAACCGCUCUCAUCGCCUGUAUCUCGAGUACUGUCCGCAUGACGACAUGUUCGAGUUGCUCAAUGUUCGCACGUACUUGAUCGACAGCAUGAAACGGAAGCAAACUCCGGACAUUGUAAUUCCGAAUGCCGCCCUGUAUCCUGAGCCGUUCGCAUGGUACACCUUCUGGACUUUGGCGAUUGCAGGAAUUCUGAUGGAGAGAGGAGCGCUCACCAAGGAUGGUCCGGCGCACUCGAACUGGAGCACGAUAGUCCAUCGAGACAUAAAGCUGAGCAAUGUGUUUCUUGGCCCUGCUUCGACCACUCAUUUUUGUUGCUACCCAGAGCCCAAGCUCGGCGACUUUGGAUUCUCCAUUCUGUUGUCUCCGGAGGAUACAAGAACAGCCGAGAGCUUCAACAGAUCUGGUACUCCGAAUACCCGGGCACCCGUGUUUGGCAUCGGCAUGACAAUAUGGUCAUUGAUCCGACAGCAGGAGGGAUUCGACAUGGAAUCCACUGAUUGGUCGGACCCGAACAAACUUGAAUUGAAACCCGAGUUGGACGCCACAGCACGAAAUUUCUACAGCAAAGAUCUCAUCAACCUCAUCGACCGCUGCGUAGAAUUCAACGACGAGGACCGACCGACAAUGGACGAGUUGCUGUGUGAAAUCGACAGCUUCACUGGUGGAGAUGGCCCAGUCGACCAUGCGAAGGGUCUUCGAUUUGCAGCGGCUGACGACCGAAUUUGGAAAGACUACAAACUCCCCCCGUCAUAUGACACCGGAAAGUUCGUAUUGGGCUUGCCCUUGAACUACAAUCCCUUUCCCAGGAGCAAGACAAGCUUUCCUGCUGCUCCGCCGCGCCGCAGCAACAAAGGCCCAAGGCUGAUGGACGAUCUCGGAGGGCCCGAGGGUACUGACUAUAUUCUGCCACCCUCGGAAAGGGUUCUUCGUUCGUCCGCUACGAACGCUGACUCCAAGGCAACCGAGAGUAGGCAAAAUUUGAAGGCGGAAAGCGAGGAGAAGAGCGAGGACGUUCCGGAGACGGCCGAUGCGGCGUGUGGUGCUCGCAAGUCGAAGAGUUCGAGCAAGGAACAGAGUAAGGCGGACUCGCCGUCGCCAAGCAAAAGACGGAAGACGUAG